AUGUCUAGCAUUUUCCAACUUUCAGAACGCGUCCAAAAGCUCAAGAAAGUCCUUGAGGACUUUGUCGAGUUUGAAUGUAUUCCUGCUGAAAAGGUUCACCACCAUCAGUUGGGCAAAAUUGGCAGCGCAGACAGAUGGACGGUCGUGCCAUCGGUCAUUGAAAAGCUCAAGACCAGAGCAAAGUCCCUCGGACUCUGGAACCUUUUCUUGCCCAGCUACUACCCCGAGAGUCCUGGAUUGACAAACCUAGAAUAUGCUACUCUUUGUGAAGUCAUGGGCCGGUCUCACAUUGCUGCAGAGGCGUGCAACUGCAGUGCUCCUGACACUGGCAACAUGGAAGUGUUUGCGAGGUAUGGGACACCAGAGCAAAAGAAAAAGUGGCUCGUUCCUCUGAUGGAGGGAAAAAUCCGCUCCGCCUUUGCCAUGACCGAACCAGCAGUGGCUUCCUCUGAUGCUACAAACAUUCAAACUGAAAUCACUCGUGAAGGCAACGAGUACGUUAUCAACGGACGCAAGUGGUGGAUCUCGGGGGCUGGUGACCCAAGAUGCGCCGUAUAUGUGGUGUUGGGCAAAAACGAUCCCAAGAACCCCAACAAACACAAACAGCAGAGUGUCAUCAUUGUCCCUGCUGAUGCAAAAGGCGUCAAGAUCGUCCGGCCCAUGACCAUCUACGGCUAUGACGAUGCUCCCCACGGCCACAUGGAAAUGAUCUUUGAUAAUGUCCGCGUCCCGGCGGAGAACAUGAUCUUGGGUGAGGGCCGUGGGUUUGAAGUCAUUCAAGGCCGACUAGGUCCUGGACGGAUUCACCACUGCAUGCGCGCGAUUGGUGCGGCCGAACGCGCUCUAGAAUACCAUCUCCUCCGUGCCACGGAUCAAACUCGCACAACGUUUGGCAAGGUCUUGGCACAGCACGGAAAGACGUCCUUUGACGUUGCCCAGAGUAGAAUGGAGAUUGACCAGGCGCGUUUGCUUGUGCUACGUGCUGCUGCUACCAUCGAUGAAAAGGGUCCCAAAGCAGCAAUGAACGAGAUUGCCAUGGCAAAGGUCAUCGUGCCAAAUAUCACGUUGGCGGUGAUCGACCGGGCGAUCCAGGCCUGGGGUGCAGCUGGUGUGUGCCAAGACCUUCCUCUGGCAUACAUGUACGGGACAGGGAGAACUUUGAGAAUUGCUGAUGGUCCCGACGAAGUGCACACAAUUCAAAUUGCAAAGGUAGAGUUCCGGAGGGCUGAUGCAUUGCGCGCACACCACAAGAAGCAAGCAGAGGUGUCUGAGCAAUAUCUUGCUAAACUCUGA